GUCCCCAGCACUUAGAGGGCGCGUUCCCGUUACUUUGCCCCAGCGCUGAUCCUGGACUCUUGACCUUCACCAUAGGUGCCUUCCUACCCAGUAAAGGGGUGGAGUGGUGGGUGCAGCGCGCAGCGAUAUGUUCUUCCAUGCGACGCUUGCGCGCUCGUUCAUCAACGCUCUAUCGUUGAGAGGUGACGACGAUGUGAUCGACCGUUUGAACUACUACUACACUCCGAUUAUGUUAUGUAUCGCUUGUCUUAUUAUCAGCGCCAAGCAGUAUGGUGGAACCCCCAUCGAAUGCUGGGUCAAUCCUCAUUCUCGCGAGAGCAUGGAGGAGUACAUAGAAAGCUAUUGCUGGAUUCAGAAUACCUACUGGGUACCGAUGUAUGAAAAUAUCCCUGAUGAUCAUACAGCUAGAGAAGAAAAACAAAUCGGUUAUUAUCAAUGGGUCCCGUUUAUACUUAUCGCCGAAGCAUUGAUGUUCUCGUUACCAUGUAUGUUCUGGCGUCUGCUGUCAUGGCAGUCAGGUCUCAAUAUUCAACACCUCAUAAACGUUGCAUGUGACACAAACGCCAUAGUAGAUACUGCUGAUCGCCAAAAGGCAGUGGACGCUUUAGCCAGCUGUUUCAUCGAUACUCUCGAUCUACAGUCACCUAAUGGUGAUAUCCCAUUACGAAGUAUGAUAGCGAAAAUCAAAUGCCAAAGGCUCCUUGCCGGACACUACAUCACUUGCCUUUAUAUGCUCACCAAAUUGUUUUACACUAUAAAUAUAGUCGUGCAAUUUAUGCUACUUAAUGCGUGCCUCAAAUCUGACGAGUACCUCUUCUUUGGAUUUCAGGUCUUACAAGAUCUUCUCGCCGGGAAACCUUGGACCGAGUCCGGGCAUUUUCCUCGCGUUACUUUAUGCGACUUUGAAGUUCGAUAUUUAGCCAAUUUGAAUAGAUACACCGUGCAGUGCGCGCUCCUGAUAAAUAUCAUAAAUGAAAAGGUCUUUGCCUUUUUAUGGUGUUGGUAUCUCCUACUGGUGAUAGUCACAUCAUUUUCAACGCUUUCUUGGCUAGUAAACAGUCUGUUACAAUCGGAGAAGAUAGACUACAUAUUAAAAUAUAUGCAAAUAGCACAAAGCAGUGAUAGAAAGAAGCAAAUGAAGUUUGCGAAGUUCCAGGACAGUUGCGCGGAACGAGUCUACUCUGUUAUUCCAUUUGCACCUCAUCUGCUUGACAAAUUUGUUAUCCGUUUUCUCAAAUCUGAUGGGGUAUUUAUACUUCGUAUGAUGGCCAAUCAUGCUGGUGAUAUUGUCGUCGUGCAUGUCGUAAAAUCACUCUGGCAAGAGUUUCGUGAGCGCAAUUGGCGUGAAUUCGAAGAGUUCGAAGAGUUGAAAGAAAUGCACUUUCGCCAACCAAAAAGUGCUAUGGUUGUUGGCCCGCCUACACUUCAGCAACAUCGUGUGGUAACCAUUGGAAAUCCAGUAGCGACAAUUAUGAACGAUUCGAUGAAUAGCGAAAAAGGCUAUCUUUGAUAUAAUGUACCAAAAAAUUCGCGCAGUGCCUUGUAAAUUUGUCUGCCCUCACAAAUGAUCUCAUAUGUAACCUUUGAUUCAGC